AUGAGGGCACUACUUGGUACAGUAGCUGGCAGCGGUGCCAGGUCUUCUACCCAGUUAGAGGAGCCUCAGCAUACAAUAAUAAAAGAGUAUUUUAGAGAAGAGUUUGAUGAUGAGGAUGAAUGGGAGAAACGGUGGGUUCAGUCUAAACACAGAACUGAUUAUGGUAAAUUUCGAAUAUCUGCAGGAAGAUUCUAUGGUGAUAGAGAAAAAGAUAAAGGCCUGCAGACAACUGAAGACACAAAAUACUAUUCAGUGUCAGCAAGGUUUCGACCAUUCAACAACGAAGGUCAAACCUUAGUUAUUCAAUAUACAGUAAAAUAUGACCAACACGUUGACUGUGGUGGUGCCUAUAUUAAACUUUUUCCUGAAGAUGUGAAUCAAGAGACAUUGAAUGAAGAUACCAGGUAUUACAUUAUGUUUGGCCCUGAUAUAUGUGGAGAGGACAAAAAGAUUGUGCAAGUUAUUUUUAACUAUAAAGAUGACUACUAUAUGAUCAAUAAGGACAUCAAAUGUGAGACGGAUGAUUUUACCCAUCUGUACACUCUGAUAGUUCGUCCAGACCUUACUUAUGAAGUGAAGAUUGAUAAUUAUGUUGCUGAAGCUGGCCAUCUAGAAGAACACUGGGAUUUCCUUCCUCCCAAAAAAAUAAUUGAUCCUGAUGCACAAAAACCUGACUACUGGGACGAAAGAGAAACUAUUGAAGAUCCCAUGGACAAGAAACCAGAUGACUGGGACCAGCCAGAAAGAAUUCCUGAUGCAAAUUUUGAAAAACCUGGUGACUGGGAUGAAGAGAUGGAUGGAGAGUGGGCACCUCCAUUGAUUCCAAACCCUGCAUAUAAGGGAAUAUGGAAACCUCGUAUAAUUAAAAAUCCCUAUUAUAAUGGCAUCUGGGUCCAGCCAGAAGUAGAUAACCCAGAAUACACUCCAGAUCCUAGUCUUUACAAAUAUUUCAAUAUUAGUGUUAUUGGCUUGGAAAUUUUACAGGGAAGAUCCGGUACAAUCUUUGAUAAUUUUCUUAUCACAAAUGAUGAAAAGUAUGCUGAAGAUGCUGGUAAUGAAAUGUGGGGAACCACAUAUGAAAGAGAAUGGAAGAGAAGAGAAAGACAAGAUACAGUAUAUAAAAAGAUAAAUGAUAAGGAGGAACCAAAAGGAAAGGAGGAUAAGAAAGAAAAAAAGCAAAAGGAUCCCAAUGUUAAAGAUGAGCUCUAAUGAACCAAAACCCAGUGCCUACUCAUCACUCUGUUUAUUUCUUAAUAAUUGUAUUUAUUUUCAAAUAUCUAUUAAUGAAUCUCAGAAAUGAAAUGGCAAUUAAAAAUUCCAGGCAUAUAAAUUGUUGUGCUAUUAGAUAGCUAAUGAUGGUGUAAGUAAUGCUAAGAACUGUUAGUGCGGUCCUAUACAGAAUUACUCCAGUCUAAGCCCAUUAUGCCGGCAAUUUGUACAAUGCAGGAAUAUAAAAUAUAGCACAGAGCCAUUGACUCAAUUCCGCAAUCACAUUCCCUGAUCUCCAGACCAGGGCUCAGGGAUCAGUAAUGUGAUUUGAGGUUUAAUUCUUCCACCUCAUGCACAAAUUUCUUUCCUAUUCAUGGUUUGUUGUAACCAUAAUUUAGUGUAAUCAUAUGCAUUAGAGCUAAUUACAGUUACAACUAAGCAGGAGUGCCCAAAACCUUGGUUUGCAAACACUUCAAAGUUAACAAGCCAAGAAACAUCAUAGCACACAGGUCUCCAACCUUUUUGAGCCUAUAGGCAGGGGUCAUUUCCUGCAGGAGCGCACAGGAGCGGA